AUGAAUGAGAAAACAAAUAUCCGUGACAUACCUGCGGAACCUAUUAAACCAGAACUCAAUUCAUCACCUAAUGACGUGGUCCCAGACAAAGAUUUGUGUAAUUCUCUCAACCGAAUUGUGUUAUCAGAAAAUCGUCAACAUGAAAAAGGAUGCAAAACCAACCAAGAAUUAAAAUAUGGAAUUGAGAAGCUUUCGAGCUUGAAUACCCAAACAAACGUUGACCCAGCAAAGAAGAAAGAAACAACGGAAAGUUCCGAUCAAAAACCAACUAAAAAGUGCUAUAGAUACCAAUUAUUCUACAAAAAAGGAGUGACAGCAGACUACAAACUAGAUCCUGUAUUUGAGAUCUGUGAGGUACAAAACGGAAUGGAUGAAGAUGUUCGAAGCUAUAUGAACUUUGCGGUUUCACUUUUGCCGGAAAUUGGAAUCAAAACCGGGAACAAUCCUGUCGAAGAUUUCAACAGAAACUUUUAUCUGACAAGAGUGGAAGCAAGCAAUACUGCAGUCGAUAACACGGUGUUCCGUCGGUGUGUCGAACGAAAUGUGAAGUAUGAUCCGCCCAUCUUGCAAGAAAUACUCGAAAAAGUUAGUAAACUACCUGGUGGACCUGCAAAAAAACAUCCAAAAGCAAUUUUCUACCCUCCCAGCUUCUCGUAUCAAAUGGUGGAAUACUGUGAGGAUCCAUUCUGGACAGAAAGAGUUGUUGAAAUACCAGAAGGGUAUAUACGGCCACAUAAACGGAUCGAAAUUGCAAACGGACCACCACCACCAGUUGAUUGGACACAAAAGAUGUCGGAUAACAGUCAUGUUCUAUCCGGACAACCUGCCUGGGAACCAGCUGUGCAGAAAUUCAAGUUGGAACAAAGAUUGGAAUCUGAAAGUUUGACUGAAAAAGAAAAAGAAGACAUCAACAAACAAAUUGAUGCUUUGUUUUGA